CCGCGGCAACCGGGAGGGGGGGGCUCGCGGCGGUGGCGUUUGAAAGGAGGUCAGAGGGAGCUCGCUUUGAGCUCCAGCCGGAGAGGGAGAGAGGCGGGAGGCGGCGGCAGCGGCAGCAGAGGCGGAGGCUCCUGCCUCCGGCCUCCAGCCUCCAACCUCCCGCGGCAGGCAGGCCAGCGGCCAGGCACAGCCCCGCAGCUCUUCCCUGCUCUCUGCUUCUCUGCCCCAUCCCUCCUCCUCCUCCCCGCCUCCCUCCCUCCCUCCUCCCCUCCCCUCCCUCCUCCUCCUCCUCUCCUGGGCUCGCUCGCUGCUCCAAGGCUCCCCUGGCUCCCCUCUCCUCCUCCAUGCGGGGGGCGGGCGCGGGGCCGGGGCCGGGCCGGCCGAUGGGGUUGGGGGGCUGCGGGGCAGCGCAGGGCGGCUGGGGCCAGGGCUGGGCUCCCGCGGCCAGCCAGGACUCGGCCCAGCCCUGACGGGCGCGCCCCGAUCGGCAGGCGAGGCGGCGGGCGGCGGGCACCAUGCUGAUCAAGGAGUACCACAUCCUCCUGCCCAUGAGCCUGGACGAGUACCAGGUGGCCCAGCUGUACAUGAUCCAGAAGAAGAGCCGAGAAGAGUCCAGCGGCGAGGGCAGCGGCGUGGAGAUCCUGGCCAACCGGCCCUACCAGGAUGGGCCGGGGGGCAGCGGGCAGUACACCCACAAGGUCUACCACGUGGGCUCCCACAUCCCUGGCUGGUUCCGGGCCCUGCUGCCCAAGGCCGCCCUGCAGGUGGAGGAGGAGUCCUGGAACGCGUAUCCCUACACCAGGACCCGCUACACCUGCCCCUUCGUCGAGAAAUUCUCCAUCGAAAUAGAAACCUACUACCGGCCCGACGGGGGUCAGCAGCACAACGUCUUCAACCUGACCGGGGCCGAGCGCAGGCAGCGCAUCCUGGACACCAUCGACAUCGUGCGGGACGCCGUGGCCCCUGGCGAGUACAAGGCUGAGGAGGACCCGAGGCUGUACCGCUCGGUCAAGACCGGCCGGGGGCCCCUCGGGGACGACUGGGCCCGGGUGGCCGCUCAGUCGGGCCCCCUCAUGUGUGCCUACAAGCUCUGCAAGGUGGAGUUCCGCUACUGGGGCAUGCAGGCCAAGAUCGAGCAGUUCAUCCACGAUGUCGGUCUGCGGAGGGUGAUGCUUCGAGCUCACCGCCAAGCCUGGUGCUGGCAGGAUGAGUGGACCGAGCUCAGCAUGGCUGACAUCCGGGCCCUGGAGGAGGAGACGGCCCGCAUGCUGGCCAGAAAGAUGGCCAAAUGCACCACCCCCGACGGGGAAGGGGCUGAGCCUGUGGGGAAGCCCGGGCUGGAGGGCCAGGCCACGGCGAGCCAAGCAGAAGCCCCAGAAGGUCCCGAGGGCCCAGCUGUGGCAGCGGCAGCCGACGUGUCCCCAGACACUGACAGCUUUUCCAAACAAUGGUCGUCCUCCCCUCGAUCCUCCUAUUCCUCCCAGCACGGAGUGGGGGUGUCUCCACAGAGCUUAUCUGAGUGGCGCAUGCAGAAUAUUGCCCGGGACUCGGAGAACAGCUCAGAGGAUGAGUUCUUUGAUGCACACGAAGGCUUCUCGGACAGCGAGGAGGUCUUCCCCAAGGAGAUAACCAAAUGGAACUCCAAUGACUUCAUUGAUGCUUUCGCCUCCCCUGCUGUGGCCGUGGGGACCACAGACUCCAGGAUUGAGGUCUCCAAAGGCGAAGCAGACACGUCAGGAGCAUCCAGGGACCCCGAGGGGCUCGGCGUCGGGGACUUGGGCUCCGAAGCCUGCGCCGUGCACGCCCUGUUCCUCAUUCUGCACAGCGGGAACAUUCUGGAUGCCGGACCCGGAGACAUCGACUCCAAGCAGGCCGACGUGCAGACCCUGAGCGCGGCCUUCGAUGCCGUCACCCGCGUCCACUUCCCCGAGGCCCUGGGCCACGUGGCGCUGCGCCUGGUGCCCUGCCCGCCCAUCUGCGCCGCGGCUUAUGCCCUCGUCUCCAACCUGAGUCCCUACAGCCACGACGGGGACAGCCUGUCCCGCUCGCAGGACCACAUCCCGCUGGCAGCCCUGCCUCUGCUGGCCACGUCCUCCUCUCGCUACCAGGGGGCCGUGGCCACCGUCAUCGCCCGCACCAACCAGGCCUACGCCGCCUUCCUGCGCUCGCCCGAGGGCACCGGCUUCUGCGGGCAGGUGGUGCUGAUUGGAGAUGGCGUGGGCGGCAUCCUGGGCUUUGAUGCCCUCUGCUACAGUGGCAGCGCCAGCUUGGGGAGCCUGGGCAGCAGCCGCCGGGGCAGCGUGAACAACGAGUUGUUGUCUCCAGAGCAAGGCCCGGGACGGGAUCCUUUGGCCGACGGCGUGGAGGGUCUGGGCCGAGCCAGCCCGGAGCCCGGCUCUCUGGCUGCCCAGCGGCUGCCCAGUGACGGCUCGGCCCCGGAGCCCGACUCGGUGGCCUCUCACGGCAGCCUGCAGGCUGGCACGUCCCCAGCAGAACCCCGGCGGGGGAGCACCGUCUCCUGCCCAGCCCCGGAGGCCACGGACGGCCCCACCCGCCUUGACUUCAGGGUGUCUGGCUUCUUCCUCUUUGGCUCUCCCUUGGGCCUGGUGCUAGCCCUCCGCAAGACCGUGAUGCCGGCCCUGGAGGUGGCCCAGAUGCGCCCGGCCUGUGAGCAGAUCUACAACCUCUUCCACGCCGCGGAUCCCUGCGCCUCCCGCCUGGAGCCCCUGCUGGCCUCCAGGUUCCAGGCCAUCGCCCCCCUCGCCGUGCCCCGCUACCAGAAGUUCCCCCUGGGAGACGGCACCUCCCUGUCACUAGCCGACACCUUACAGACCCACUCGAGCCUCUUCAUGGAGGAGAUGGAGGUGAUGGUACCGUCCACCCCCACCUCGGCCAGCAGCGGCUUCUGGAAGGGCAACGAGCUGGGCUCAGAGGCCGCGGGCCCUGGCCCAGUCUCAGCCAACACGGUUAACAUGGCCGGCGAGGUGGUCAAAAUCCUAGAGCGCUGGUGGGGAACCAAACGGAUGGACUAUUCCCUCUACUGCCCCGAAGCUCUCACAGCCUUCCCUACUGUGACGCUGCCCCACCUCUUCCAUGCCAGCUACUGGGAGUCUGCCGACGUUGUGGCCUUCAUCCUGCGCCAGGUCAUCGAGAAGGAGAGGCCCCAGCUGGCUGAGUGCGAGGAGCCAUCCAUCUACAGCCCGGCCUUCCCUAGGGAGAAGUGGCAGCGCAAGAGGACCCACGUGAAGAUUCGGAACGUGACCUCCAACCACCGGGCCAGCGAUGUCAUCAUGUGCGAGGGCCGGCCGCAGGUGCUGAGCGGGCGCUUCAUGUACGGGCCCCUGGACGUGGUGACGCUGACAGGAGAGAAGGUGGACGUCUACAUCAUGACCCAGCCCCUCUCUGGCAAAUGGAUUCACUUUGGCACUGAAGUGACCAACAGCUCGGGCCGCCUCACCUUCCCUGUGCCCCCAGAGAGGUCGUUAGGCAUCGGUGUCUACCCAGUCCGGAUGGUGGUGAGGGGGGACCACACGCAUGCCGAGUGCUGCCUGACUGUGGUGGCGCGGGGCACUGAGGCUGUGGUGUUCAGCAUCGACGGAUCCUUCACCGCCAGCGUCUCCAUCAUGGGCAGCGACCCCAAAGUGAGGGCUGGCGCCGUGGACGUCGUCAGACACUGGCAGGACUCGGGCUACCUGAUCGUGUAUGUGACCGGCCGGCCCGACAUGCAGAAGCACCGGGUGGUGGCCUGGCUUUCCCAACACAACUUCCCCCAUGGGGUGGUCUCCUUCUGCGACGGACUCACCCAUGACCCCCUGCGGCAGAAGGCCGUGUUCCUGCAGAGCCUGGUACAGGAGGUGGAGUUGAACAUCGUGGCCGGCUACGGCUCCCCCAAGGAUGUGGCUGUGUACGCGGCUCUGGGGCUCCCCCCCAGCCAGACCUUCAUCGUGGGCCGGCCUGUGCGCAAGCUUCAAGCCCAGUGCCAGUUCCUGUCUGAAGGCUAUGUGGCCCACCUGGCCCAGAUGGAGGCAGCUGCCCACCCCCACGGCUCCCAGACCCCCUCGAGGACGGCGCUGGCCAAGAGCAGUUUCGUGGCUGCUCCUGUGGACUUUCUCCGCAAACAGAGCCAACUGCUCCGCUCCCGCGGGCCCAGCCAGGCCGAUCGAGAGGGGCCGGGGACGCCCCCCACUGCCCUGGCUCGGGCCAAGGCCCGGAGCAUCAGCCUGAAGCUGGACAGUGAGGAGUGACCGGCCCAAGGCCCCUGGGACGCUGCCAAGGAACUGCUUAUUUAUUGCCCCCCUCCCAGGAGGGAGGGGCGGCUCCCGUGCCCACCCCACCCCGAGGCUCAGCCCUCCUGCUGCUCCCCAGCUUGUUCCCUCUGACUGUGUCCCCCAUUCCCUGUCAAUGUGUUACGAAUCCCUUUAAUGUGAGGGGCCAGGGCCCUGGGAGUGGGGACGAGGGCAGAGGGGGGAUGGGCAGGGGCCCCCGAGGCUUCCGUGAUGUGUGAAACUGUGAAAAUUAAACCCCCACCCCGUGGA